GUUCCCCCCGUUCUUGUCUUGCCCGCCUCACUGUGGUGUUUGUGUUUAUAAUUACUCACAGUGCUCAUACUUGCAGUGUUGAUAUAUCUACUACACCUCCUGACUCCAACCACUGCUACCCCUUUCUCCUCACCUCCUAAUUCAUACCUAGUGCCUAUUUACAACACUUCCGCAACUGCAUCAUCGAGGCUGUACCUCCCCGCAAUUGGGUAGUCGGACUCCAGCAACGAAGCAAAGCCACUCACUCACUCACUCCACCAAAACCACGAGUCAUUUCCUUGACACUACGUCCACCACCACUCCUCCAUUCAAUUCAUAUCGUUUCCCAGUGGCGCAAGUGCUGCCCUCAUACCCUCCUCCACUCGCUACUCGAACGGCGCAUCCCCGCCACCUUUCCUACCUCUCUCCGAUCGCCUCACCCUGGUGCUCUGAGGCACAGCACUAAAGAUGUUUCGCGCGCAGCAGAACGCAUUUGACGAUGCAGUCGCCAAGGCGACCGACGAGAAUUUGACCGCCGAGAACUGGGAGUAUAUUCUGGAUGUUUGUGACAAGGUUGCUGCGGAGGAGUCCGGUGCGAAGGAUGCCGUGGCCGCCUUGAUCAAGAGGCUUGCGCAUAGGAAUGCCAAUGUGCAGCUGUAUACUUUGGAGUUGGCGAAUGCUUUAGCGCAGAACUGUGGGCCGAAGAUUCACCGUGAACUGGCGUCGAGAAGCUUCACGGAUGCCCUUUUGCGUCUGGCUGGCGAUCGGAACACACAUCAACAGGUCAAAGCUAAGAUCCUGGAGCGCAUGCACGAAUGGACGGAGAUGUUUGCUAGUAACCCCGAUUUUGGGAUCAUGGAGCAGGCGUACAUGAAGCUGAAGACUCAGAAUCCAAACUUGCAACCUCCUUCGAAACCAGGCAAGCGAGAAAUCACCGACCAAGAUCGCCAGAAGGAAGAAGAGGAGUUACAGAUGGCGCUUGCGCUCUCGAUCAGGGAGAAGCCCUCCGCGGCUCCUCAGGCCCAGCCGCAAGCCGGCAGCUCCAGUGCCGCAGCACCCGUCAGUGAGUCUCCGGUGGCCGCACCAGCCCAGCCUGUUCCCUCCGGAACCUCCGCGGCCACGGUGUCGCGGGUGCGGGCACUAUUUGAUUUCCAGCCCUCCGAGCCCGGUGAAUUGCAGUUCCGCAAGGGAGAUGUUAUUGCUGUUCUGGAAUCGGUCUACAAGGAUUGGUGGAAGGGUUCCCUGAGGGGCCAGACGGGUAUCUUCCCUCUCAACUAUGUCGAGAAGUUGCCCGACCCUACGGUUGAGGAGCUGCAGCGGGAAGCUCAGAUGGAGGGGGAGGUCUUCGGGCAGAUCAAGAACGUCGAGAAGCUUCUCACACUUCUGAGCACUCGCAGUUCCGAGCUCAAUGUGCAGGACAAUGAGGAAAUCACGACUCUGUAUCACUCGACCUUGGCCAUCCGGCCGAAGUUGAUUGAGCUCAUUGGCAAAUACUCUCAAAAGAAGGAUGAGUUUACGCAGCUCAAUGAGAAGUUCAUCAAAGCCCGCCGAGACUACGAGUCGCUCUUGGAGGCGUCAAUGUCCCACCCUGCACAACCCCAGUAUGGACGGCCGGCUCAAACUCCUUACGGUUACCCGGCUCCAGCAGGAUAUCCGCAAGCCCCGCCCCAGGCUGAUCCUCAACGAUACUUCAGUCCUCGUCCUUCAGAAGCCCAGCCUGCGCAGUCCACCCCUACCCCUUACUAUGGAGGAGAACAAGCUCACGCGUACCCUCCCACUUCGCAAUCUCCUGAUCCGCGAGUCACACCUCCAGCAGGCGCCCCGUAUCAGCAACAGCAGCGCCAGUCCUCGAACGAGUUCUAUCAGCCCACACACCACCGUCCCGAGUCGACAUAUGACAACCCGCAAGAACUAGGUACCUCUGUCUACGACUCUCCUGUCGAACAUCGCCCCCAGUAUCCCGGACAAGUCCUACCGCCAUCUUCAGCACAGCCACCUUUCCCGGCUCAGCAACAACCGCAGCAGCCGGAAUUCCCACCAUCUUCCUACCCUCCUGAAGACGCCAACCGACCUCCAGCCGGGGCCAGCGCCCCCCACCACCAAGCACAGCCCCCCUACCCCACCCAUCAACCAGCUCCGAUGCACCAGCCUCCGCCAGUGCCAGGCACAGCAUCCACACCCACACCCUACCCUUCUCUGACCCCCGGCGCAGGCUCUUACCAGGCAUACAGCCCCUCGCAAACCGACGUGUCCAACCCUGCUUCGUACUACCGGUAAAGCAUGUUUAAUAUUGAGCUGACGGAUUGUUGUGGUAUGGGAGGUAUGAACGGCAAAUCUUCUUUCUCCUGAUAUUCAUUGCUUGUUGACCAGGCUCGAUAUCGGGUAGUGGGGAGGCGGAUUUUCAUACCACAUUGUGUUCCAUAGCGUUUGUUUCUGUUGUUGCAAUAUGGAUUUUCCCUUGGGUUUUUCAUGAUUGUAGCUGAAUCGUAGGAGAGAAUUGGUGCCAACUACCAAAUAAUGUUGAUAUGGACAUACUCUAAUCGCCCCUAG